AUGUUUUUCAGAAAUCUUUGUUCACGCGCAGGAAAUAAAUUGUAUAAGGAAAAUUUUAUAUUAAGUAGGCGAUACACGAUUCCAUGUCAAAAUUUUAUUUCGAAUUCUCGAAAUUCAAUUUCCACCACCAAAAGGCGUUUUACUUCAACUUCCUUGACGAAUUGUGAUGAUGACUCGUCGGAGACCUCGAAAGAUGUGUCCGAUAGUAACCGUAAUGUACUAAACGAACUAUCGGAUAUGGAGAUUUCGGAACCAGUGAAAGAGUUGAAUAUGUUUAUAUCAGCCAAUCAAUAUUUCCUCGAAUACGUAAACCAUAAUACAGGGUUGCCGUGGUGGGCCACCAUCAUGGUUUCAACAAUAUUUCUUCGAUCAGUAUUCACUCUUCCGAUAGCAAUCUGGCAGCAGAAAAAUGUUGCUCGUUUGUUAAAUGCUCAACCAAGGAUAAACGAAUGCUUCGAGAAAUUGAAACAUCAGGUCGCGAGAAGGAUGCGUAGUCAAGGUCGACCUUACGAAGAAUUUCAAGCGGAAUUACAAAAAAAGUUUGAGGAAAAGAUCAAACAAAUACACCGCGAAAUUAAAUGGCAUCCACUGAAAAACUUUAUGCUUCCCUGGUUUCAGAUUCCUCUUUUUAUAUGCAUGUCUUUUACAUUACGUGAAAUGGUCAAACCUAGUAAAGAUGAAACUGAUCAUACCACAGCUGAUGACUUUGUCGAUGGCGGUAUUCUUUGGUUCUCCGAUUUAACUGCGGUGGAUUCUACCUUAUUUUUCCCUUUGGCUAUCGGGGCGACAAAUCUGUUCAAUAUUGAGUUGCACAGAUGGACCUCGAGGAACAAACAAAGUAGGAGACAGAGGAUCAUAACCAACAUCGGCCGCGGAUUGUCUAUAAUAAUGGUUCCGGUUGCAAUGAAGGCUCCGAUGGUUAGUGAUCUGUUUGUAUUGGCUUACAUCAAGCUGCUUCAGUGUAACGCAAAACAUCGUUUUCAAAUUACCGUUUAUUCAAAGAAAACUGGGAUUCCUUCCAAUACCACGUGUAUAAAACAAGAAUAA